ACCGUCCUUCUUUUUAAUCUCAAUAAAGCAUUAAAAAGCAAAAGAAGAAUGGUAGUAGUAGUAAUAAUAUUAAUAAUUAACUAUUUCUACCCCGCCCAUCUGGCUGUGUUUCCCCAUCCACUUUUGGCAGCUCCCAAAAGAAUAUUAAAAACACGAUAAAACAUCAAACUUUUUUUAAAAAGUUGGAAGGGACUCCUUGCAUUGAAAAGCAGCCUUUCAUGCUGGCAUCUCCAGCUCAGUGCAACAGGAAACGGUGAGGCAGAGCUUGAAAUGAAACUACCUUCCCAUUUUAACAUGUAGAUUUUGGGGGCUGACUGCCUAAUGUAGUUUUCUUUUCGCAUAUUUAACGGGCAUUGAAUGUGAAAUAGUUAUUUCUGAGGGUGUUUAAUAUGCCAGUGUUUAACCUAACUAGGACAUCUUCCCUCUGAAGCUAAUGUAUAUGUAUGGCUGGAGUAAAGGAUAAGGUCAGUCUGGCUAGUCCAGCAUUGGCCAGUAAAUUGCUUCUAGUUUGCACGGUUUGAAGGUCCAGAUCAGAUGCUUAGGUAUCCAGUGUCUAAAUACAGGACCCUACUUGCUUUUUGUGGCACACUUACCCAUACAAUGUGAAUAUAUGGUAGUUUCUUCUUUUAAUAUUGAAGGUGCCGUUUCAACACAUUAGACCAGCCAGCAAUUUUUUAUUGAGCAAGAUUGCCAAGGAAGCCACAACACCAUUAAAUGAAUGAUUCACCCCCUGUUAUUCACCCCAGUUUCUAGCAGUUAAUAGCAAAGGAACAGCCUGAGCAAAAUCUUUGAAUACCUGAUCAUCCCUGAUAAUAGUUGUUGACAGCAGUACUUCCUGCUGUCUGAUUGUUUUUAUGAUUAGCUUUUAAUUAAUACAUGACUAUGACAUUUUGAUAUCAGCUUCCGUGGAUGCCUCAGUGCUGAUUCACAAUUUUUAUAUGCGCAAUGCACAUGAUGGGGGUACACCUUCCAUGCAUCACAGAGCCACAACCAAUCACAGCUUUCAGCAGGUGUCCAUUGGAUGUGUCUGGGGAUGUCCCUCCCUUUCCCAUCUGAAGUUCCCAAGCAACAAGCACUGCUGUACUGCAUUUUUUCGGUUUAGCUUCUUUUGCCAAUGAUAUAGCCAACUUAGCGUGGCCAGGGUGUUUCAUCACAUACAGGAGACCGUCAGCUUUCAAUUGGGUUUUAUUCCAGUAUGUGAGGCCCUAAUCAUGUAUGGUCAAAACACGUUGGAUUCAAAGGUGGGUGGGAUUGCCAGUCUUUCUUCCCUCAGACACCUAAAUCCUUUCCAUCCUCUCUUAUUUUUUUAUUUGCCAAGCGUGUAAAGCUUGAAUGCACACAAGUUAAAUGUACAUAAGUUGCAAGUCACCUGUAGUGCAUGUUCUGUCUUCUGUUGUAUUCUAUUGCAACUUCAAUAAAUGAAUAGCUUGUUAAGUAACUUAAUGCUGGAGUCUGCCUUAGAAGAUUCUUUGUUCAAAAACAGCCACUUUAAAGUCAGUAGCAAUAAAUGGAUACAAAACCUGACAUCAGAAGGGGUAGCUAUUCAGAAACCCCUGGGAGAAAACUUCAAGCUUUCAGGACACUCCUGCUACUGACCUUAAAAUGGCAAUUUUCAAACACAGAAACGUCAAGAUCAAGCAUGAAAAUGCUAAAUUACAACAGUUUGAUAACAGGGGAUUUGUGACAAGAGCAGCCUCUGCAAUGCUGGAACGAAAUAAUCUUUUCCAAUCCAGGUGGGACUGUGUUCAAAUUUAUUACAAUCAAGCAAUCAUUUUAUAUGUAUGCUGCCUUUCCAAAGGUAAAACCAAGUUCAAGGAGGCUGACAACAUAUUAAAAAUUACAUAACUACAAAACGUAACAAAAGUCGUCAUAAACAAUGAACAAAACAUCAAAAAGUACCCAAAUGCAAUGUUUUCCCUGCCCCAUUGGUUGGACGUAGCCAAUGAAGGACGAAUCGUUUGCAAGAGAAAAAGAGAAAAUGGCCGCCUGGCUGAAAGAGGAUUACAUGUAUUGAGUAAGUUGUAACUCUUUCUGACCUUUCUUGCCCCCACAAUGUCACAGCAGCACGUGCUCCCCCAGAGCAAGGAAACCCUCCUUCAGUCUUACAACAAGAGGUUGAAAGAUGACAUCAAGUCUGUCAUGGAUAACUUCACAGAGAUAAUCAAAACGGCAAAGAUUGAGGAAGAAACUCAAGUUUCUCGGGCAACCCAAGGCAAGCAGGACAACUAUGAGAUGCAUGUCAGAGCUGCAAAUAUUGUUCGGGCUGGUGAGUCUCUUAUGAAGCUUGUCUCUGACCUAAAACAGCUCCUCAUCCUCAGUGACUUCCCUUCCGUCAAUGAAGCCAUCAAGCAGCUGAACCAGCAGUUGCGCAGCCUUCAGGAGGAAUGCGACAAGAAGCUUACUGCCCUGCGUGAUGAGAUCUCCAUGGACUUCUAUGAGCUGGAGGAAGAAUAUUACUCUUCCAGGUACAAAUGAAGCCAUGGACGGUUCCCCUGUAGUAACCACAACAAUUUCCUGUUUCUGACAUGGGGGGGGGGGGUGGCACGUUAUGUGUGAAAACAACAACAACUGUCCUUGUUUUAAAAAGCAUCCCUAAAUUCUCAGCAUCCCAAAGAAUCCUGGCCCCAAAGCAGUUUUAUUGAGUACUUUAUGUAUGGCGUGAGAGGUGGCUGUUCUGGAGGGCAAGUGCACCAUGUCACUAGGACUUUCUGCACGGAGAUGUGGAGAUCUGCUCCCUCAUCGACACUGUGAUCUUGUCACCUAAAUGACUUGCAAACAGGAAUCAGGAUCUUGAUUAAAUUGCAAUCCUAACCAUGUCUACUCAGAAGUCAGGACCGGAUUUAGGUUUGAUGAAGCCCUAAGCUUCUGAAGGUAAUGGGGCCCUUUAUAUGUCCAGCUGUCCUUUGUCAACAACAAGUUGUCGCUGGUUUUUAUUUUGAAUAUAUGCUAUACAGUCAUACUUUGGGUUACAGACGCUUCAGGUUGCAUUUUUUUGGGUUACAAACCGCCGAAACCCGGAAGUACCGGAAUGGGCUACUUCUGGGUUUCGGCAGUCGCACAUGCGCAGAAGCGCUAAAUAGUGCUUUGCACGUGCACAGAAGCGCCGAAUCGCAACCUGCGCAUGCACAGACGCGCUGCUGUGGGUUGCGAAUGUGCAUCCCGCACGGAUCAUGUUCGAAACCCGAGCGUCCACUGUAUGGCCAUUUAUGGACCUAAUAGGUAUCUAAAGCCAUUUAUACAUAGCAAAACAUGUAUUUUAUCAAAGUACAUCCAGUCCCCCCCCCUUUACAUUUUUUGGAGACCCCCAAGAGAGUGGGGCCCUAAGCUAUAGCUUGUUUAGCUUAUAUGUAAAUCUGGCACUGUCAGAAGUAAAUCCUCUUGAAUUCAGUGGGGUUUGUUCCUAGCUAAGUGGGAUUAAACUGCUUUGAAUUUAUUAAUUUUUUACAAUCAAGUGGUGUAUAAAUUUUAUGAAAUAAAUAAUAAAUGAAGGUGCCAGCUUUAGGCCACAUUCAUACAAU